ACUCGAAGCCGGGAGUCAUGUGACUGUGUUGUUGUGCAACAUGGCGGCGGACAGGCUCCUUCCUCUGGCCGGGUUUCUGCUCCUGUGUCCUGCGGCGGGUGUGUGGUGUUUCCCUAGCUUGAGAGAGCCGGUGUGCGGGUACAAGUCAUGUCCAGCAACAAAGCCAUCCAUGCUGAACGUGCACUUGGUUCCUCACACACAUGAUGAUGUGGGCUGGCUGAAGACUGUGGAUCAGUACUACUAUGGAGGCCGUAAUAAUAUCCAGCAUGCCGGGGUUCAGUACAUCCUGGACUCGGUGGUGUCGGAGCUACAGAAGGAUCCAGCGCGCAGGUUCAUCUACGUGGAGACGGCGUUCUUCUAUCGCUGGUGGAAACAGCAGGAUCAGCAGACACGGAACAUCGUCACCCAGCUGGUGGAGCAGGGCCGGUUGGAGUUUGUUAAUGGAGGUUGGUGUAUGAGUGAUGAAGCCAGCACACACUACAGUGCAGUAAUAGAUCAGAUGACUCUCGGUCUGCGCUUUCUAAACGACACGUUUGGAGAUUGUGGUCGACCUCGAGUGGCCUGGCACAUCGACCCGUUCGGCCACGCCCGAGAACACGCCUCCAUGUUCGCCCAGAUGGGCUAUGAUGGCUUGUUCUUUGGCCGUCUGGAUUAUCAGGAUAAAGCUCGCAGGAUGAAGAUGCAGGAGAUGGAGAUGGUGUGGAGAGCGAGUGAGAGCCUAGAACCCCCGACUGCUGACCUCUUCACUGGUGUUCUCCCGAAUGGUUAUAACCCUCCUGAUGGGUUCUGUUGGGAUCAGUCCUGCUCUGAUGCCCCGGUGCAGGAUGACCCGGACCUCGAGGACUACAACGUGGACCAACUGGUGGACACUUUCAUCAGUCUCUCAGGCAUACAGGCUGAGAAGUACAAGACGAAUCACAUCAUCAUGACGAUGGGUUCUGAUUUCCAGUACGAGAACGCUAUCCCGUGGUAUAAGAACAUGGACAAGCUGAUCCACUACGUUAACGCCAGGCAGGUGCAGGGAAGCAGAGUCCACGUCCUUUACUCCACCCCUUCAUGUUACCUACAGGAACUCAACCUAGCUAACAUCACCUGGCCAUUAAAGACAGAUGAUUUUUUCCCGUACGCUGACGCUGCUCAUGAUUUCUGGACCGGUUACUUCACGAGCCGGCCGGCGCUCAAACGUUACGAGAGACUCAGUAACAGCUUCCUGCAGACGUGUAAUCAGUUGGAGGUGCUGGGUGGGCUGAAGUCCACACAUGGCCCAUUUGGAGAGGGAAACAGCGACACGCUGAAGCGUGCAAUGGCUGUUGCGCAGCACCACGAUGCGGUUUCUGGUACUGAGAAGCAGCACGUUGCCGACGACUAUGCCAAGAGGCUCGCCAUUGGCUCGGCACACUGCCAGGUGUUGGUCAGUAACUCUCUGGCGUUUCUCAGUGGCUCUGACGUGCCACGUGUCUUCUGCGAGAACCUCAACAUUAGUGCGUGUCCUCUCACUGAAAGCAGCAAACAGUUCUUGCUGAAUGUGUAUAACCCUCUGGCUCGUCCCGUGAGCUGGUCGGUUCACCUGCCUGUUAACGGAACGGUCUACAACGUCACGGACUCGGAUGGCGCACCUGUGGACAAUCAGGUGAUACCCGUGUCCAAGGCGACUCAGGCUUUGAGGCGAGAUCGUGGUUCUGCUCAAUUUGAAUUGGUCUUCCAAGUUCAGGCUCCUUCAUUGGGCUUCAACACCUACACCGUCACACUGCUGAAGAACAGCCCCGCCCCGCCCUCACCCAAACCUGUAGCCCCGCCCUCCAUCCAGAAUAAGUACCUGAAAGUGACCUUUGACACGCAAACAGGACUGGUGAGUGGCCUGACCAACCUGGAAACCCAGCAGACCAUCAAACUUACACAGAACUUCUACUGGUACAAUGCAAGUGUUGGCAACUCGGAGAGCUUUCAGACAUCAGGAGCGUACAUUUUCAGACCAAACUCAUCCACACCCGUUAUCAUUAACACGAAGCCUGAAGUCACCACACUGCAGAACUCUGUGGUACAGGAGGUGAGACAGCAGUUCAGUCCGUGGGUGUCUCAGGUCAUACGCCUCUACACUGAGAGCAAACACUUGGAGCUGGAGUGGACUGUAGGACCCAUACCGGUCAAUGAUGGUUUUGGGAAGGAGGUGAUCACUCGGCUGGACUCGAGCAUUGAGACAGAGGGAUAUUUCUACACCGACUCUAACGGCAGAGAGAUCUUACAGAGACGGAAAGACUAUCGCCCUACAUGGGACCUGAAACAGACAGAGCCGAUUGCAGGCAAUUAUUAUCCAAUCAACACCCGCGCUUUCAUAAAGGAUGAACAGAACCAGAUGACGGUGGUGACUGAUCGCUCUCAGGGCAUCAGUAGCAUUUACAACGGCUCUCUGGAGAUAAUGGUGCACAGGCGUUUGCUGCGUGAUGAUAAUCGGGGCGUGGCCGAGCCUCUCUCUGAGCCGGGAGAAUACUAUGACGGUCUGGCUGUGCGUGGACGCUUGCUCUUGGCUCUGACUCCGCCCAGCACCGCGGCCGACACCCACCGCCCACUCGGCCAGGAGAUGGUGUUCCAGCCCACACUGUCCUUCCAGCAGGGGGCGGCACACAGCACCACACCACAAUUCUCAGGAUUGAUCUCAGCACUGCCCCCUGCUGUUCAUGUGCUCACUCUGUCUCAGUGGGAUCAGGAUUCUGUGCUGCUGAGGCUGGAGCAUCAGUACGAGCGCUCAGAGAGCCACGCCCACUCUCAGCCCAUCACCAUCAGUCUGCAGAAAUUGUUUUCCACUCUGGAUAUAGUGGGUGUGUCUGAGAUGAGUCUGGGAGCCAAUCAGUGGAAAGAGGACAUGAAGCGCAUGCAGUGGAAGCCUGACAGUGGUGAGACAGCGGUGCCCCUGCAUGAGCAUGUGGGAGACCCCUCAUCCUGGGAGAUUACACUGAACCCCAUGGAGAUUCGCACCUUCCUGCUGCGAGUGCGGCACAAAUAAAUCAACCAAUCACAGAGCUCCGUCACUGCAGCAGCCAGUGAGUUCACAGUGCCACAUCAACCAGCCAAUCAGAGCUCAGCCCUGACACAGUAUUACUGAGAGAAGGUGAUAAUCUUACACACACACACACACACACACAGAGGUGUUUAUAUCACUA